AGGACCCUCAUACUCCCUACCCAUACUCUCUCUUUGACACACUCACACACAACACUGCCCACACUGCCAGCAGAAGGACCCUUACAUCCUCUCCAUACACACACACACCCCAGAACGCCAGCUAAGGCAGGCCAAAUACAGAACUGGCUUCUUGUUGAAGUUCGCAUUAUUCAGGCAUACACAAACACGAGCACAAACAAUCACACACGCGCGCACGUCUGGUGUCAUCAUCUCAUUCGCCAUGAGACUGUGGAGGCUUGGUGGAUCAUAGCAAGAGAAUUCUGCACGCUCUUAAUGCGCGUCAUUUCCACCAAUGCAAGUGGAGGGACUGUUUUUCCCUUUCUCUCGAAUGUCCGGUUUUGCGAGGAGAGGUGGUCUUCAUCGGUGGUAUGCUGCUUUUCAUGGAUGCCGUUGAAAUAUGCUCUGAAGUUCUCCACGAAAAUAGCUGAGCUUGUCGGCAAUUGACAAACUACGUGAAAUGCGAAAUGUUUGUUUUUGGCUCUUAGCGCAAUUCUAAGAAACUGACAGCACUUCAGAACAAUCCCUUAGCUGUGCCCGUUGAAGGAGGGAGAGACGGACAAGGGAAAAACACCAAGGUUCCGAAAACCAGGGGAGGCAACAUAUUAACAACUUUUUUUCUAGAAAAGCCUCGCGGGCAAACGCUAAAACAAAGGUUUCAGUGCAUACCUGUCGCAGUUUCCGGUGACUUUGUCCUUCACCUCUUUUGUAAAUAAUUGUCGUGUUUUGGCCGAGAAGUCUGUGCGCGAUAAGAUUGGAAGAGGUGUCAUCAGCCUUCAGAAAGCAGAGCGCAUUCGCUCUCCCCGUUCCUGCCUCCGAAGUUUCACCGUAAACCACCUUUGGCAACGAGAAAGGCAUGUCUUAUCACCACGUCAUUUAAGAGGAUGCUGGUGCGUCGGCCCCCGUCGUGGACUCUGCCCCUCGUGCUGCUGGGCCUCCUGUCCACUCAGCUGGGGGCGGGACUUACCCAGGCCACUCCCCCUCGCCACGCAGCAGCAAGCCUGAACGUCACGCUGGCGGCCAUCUUGCCCAAAAACAACACGAUCUACGCGUGGGCAUGGCCACGCGUGGCGCCCGCCUUGAUCCGAGCGCUGGAGCGCGUGAACUCUGACCCCGCGCUGUUGCCGGGACACCACCUGGAGCUCAUCUUCCAAGGCAGCGACACCAAGGAGGGCCAGUGCUCGGAGUCGGUGGCCCCGCUGGCGGCCGUGGACCUCAGGCUGUCCCACAACCCCUGGGCGUUCGUCGGGCCGGGCUGCGACUACGCCGCCGCACAAGUGGCGCGCUUCACCAGCCACUGGAACGUUCCCAUGGUGACGGCCGGAGCGGCGGCCAUCGCGUUCGAGGAGUACGCCUCCAUCACCAACACGGGGCCCACCUACAAGAAGCUGGGGGAGUUUGUGGUGCAGGUCCACCAGUACUUCAGGUGGACGCAGGCCAUGGUGGUGUUCCACGACCACAAGCACGACGACCGGCCGUGCUACUUCACCGUCGAGGGGCCCUACACGGAGAUGCUAAAGGAGAACAUCACCACCAAAGAGCUGGCCUUCGACGAGAGCCACCAGCCAGUGGACUACAAGGACCUGGUGACCAGGAUCAGGGACCAGGCCCGCGUGGUGUACCUGUGCUGCUCGAGAGACGCCUUCAGGAAGCUGAUGCUGCAGUUCUGGAGGGACGGCUCUCAGCACGACGAGUUUGUCUUCUUCUACAUCGACCUGUUCGCUGGCAGCCUGGAGAGCUCCGACAACCGACCCUGGGCCAGAGACGACGCAGACGAUAUGGACGCGCUUCGCGCCUUCAGAUGUGAAGAUCCUAAUGAUAUCGGAACCCAUGAAGACCCUAAUUCUGGAGACCUUCGUGGAUCGCUGAGACCGAUGAACAUGAUUUCCGGAAGCUUCUAUGACGGCGUGAUGCUGUACGCUCUGGCCCUGGAUGAGACCCUGAAGGAAACUCCAGCAGGAGACCGACCAGAGGGGGAGAACGUCACCCAGAGAAUGUGGAACCGCGCCUACUACGGAGUGACGGGACUACUGCAGAUUGAUGAGGUGGGAAAUCGAGAGAUGGACUUUGUGUGGGACAUGACAAACUACACCACCGGAGUCUACCAGAUGGUGUAUGUGUAUAACGGCAGCCAGAGGCAGAUGCUGCCCGUGGAGGGGGUCAGUCUGCAGUGGCCCGGGGGGAAGCCUCCUCCUGAUGUCCCCAUCUGUGGCUUCAAGAACGACGCCCCUGCCUGCCUCGCAAAGACGGUUACCAUGCGGCAGAUGAUCUCGAUCGUGGUGUGCUUCGUCCUCUUCAUCAUUAUCACCGUUACAGUAUUCAUCUACAGGAAGCUGAAGUUGGAGAAGGAGUUGGCAGCUCAGCUGUGGAGAGUGCAGUGGGAGGACAUUCAGAUGAGCAACCUGGAGAAGGCUCUAAGACGAGCAUGCAGCAAACUCACACUCUCACUGAGAGGCUCAAACUACGGCUCUCUCCUCACCAUGGAGGGAAACAUCCAGAUCUACACCAAGACCGGCUACUAUAAGGGCAACUUAGCGGCCAUUAAAUAUGUCAACAAGAAGCGCAUUGAACUGACCAGGACGGUUCUGUUCGAGCUCAAGCAUAUGCGUGAUGUCCAGAAUGAGCAUCUGACCCGUUUCAUUGGAGCUUGCAUCGACCCUCCCAACAUCUGCAUCAUCACCGAGUACUGUCCCAGAGGCAGUCUACAGGAUCUGAUGGAGAGUGACAGUAUCACCUUAGACUGGAUGUUUCGGUAUUCCCUCAUCAGUGAUAUUGUUAAGGGCAUGGCCUUCCUGCAUAACAGUGUGAUCGGUUCCCAUGGUCACCUGAAGUCCUCCAACUGUGUGGUGGACAGUCGCUUCGUCCUGAAGAUCACAGACUACGGACUGCCCAGCUUCUCCAAAGAGACCGGCUCUGAGGACACACACUCCUAUUAUGCUCGUAGGUUGUGGACGGCCCCUGAGCUGCUGCGUUCGGACCUUUGCCCCCCCUGCGGCAGCCAGAAGGGCGACGUCUACAGUUUCGCCAUCAUCCUGCAGGAGUUGGCGCUGCUCAAGGGCACCUUCUACCUGGAAGGACCCUCCCUCAGCCCCAAAGAGAUCAUAGAGCAGCUGACGGUGGGCGAGUGGCCGUACUUGCGCCCCCUGCUGUGUGCUCAGAGUCAUAGCGAGGAGCUAGGCCAGCUCAUGCAGCGCUGCUGGGCAGAGGACCCCAACGAGCGGCCAGACUUCAGCCAGAUCAAAGUGCUGCUCCGCAAGAACAACAGAGGCUAUGGUUCAAACAUCCUGGAUAACUUACUGUCACGUAUGGAGCAGUAUGCCAACAACCUGGAGGAACUGGUGGAGGAGCGCACACAAGCCUACCACGAGGAGAAGCGCAAGGCUGAGGCCCUGCUGUACCAGAUAUUACCCCACUCUGUAGCAGAGCAACUGAAGAGAGGGGAAACAGUUCAGGCUGAAGCUUUUGACUCUGUCACCAUCUACUUCAGCGACAUCGUGGGAUUCACUGCCCUCUCCGCAGAGAGCACACCUAUGCAGGUGGUGGCUUUUCUGAAUGAUUUGUACACCUGUUUUGAUGCCAUCAUAGACAACUUUGAUGUAUACAAGGUGGAGACGAUAGGUGAUGCGUACAUGGUGGUGUCGGGGCUGCCGGUGCGGAAUGGGAAGCUGCAUGCAGGGGAGGUGGCGCGGAUGUCUCUGGCUCUGCUGCAGGCCGUACACAGCUUCCGCAUACGACACCGGCCCGCACAGCAACUCAAGCUGCGCAUUGGCAUACACAGCGGCCCUGUGUGUGCAGGAGUUGUGGGACUGAAGAUGCCUCGAUAUUGUCUGUUUGGAGACACAGUGAACACAGCAUCACGCAUGGAGUCCAAUGGGGAAGCACUGAAGAUCCAUGUGUCGGAGGCGACGCGUUCCAUCCUGGAGGAGUUCGGCUGCUUCCAGCUGGAGCCGAGAGGAGAGGUGGAUAUGAAGGGCAAGGGCCGCAUGAGAACCUACUGGCUCCUGGGCGAGAACUGCCCCAGCACCACCUAACGCAGAACACCAGAACGUACUGGCUCCUAGAACCGCCCCAGCAUCACCUAACGCAGAACACCAGAACGUAUUGGCUCCUAGAACCGCCCCAGCACCACCUAACGCAGAACACAAGAACAUUGUGUCUCCUAGAACUGCCCCAGCACCACCUAACACAGAACACCAGAACAUACUGGCUCCUAGAACCGUCCCAGCACCACCUAACGCAGAACACCAGAACGUACUGGCUCCUAGAACCGCCCCAGCACCACCUAACACAGAACACAAGAACAUUGUGUCUCCUAGAACCACCUUAGCACCACCUAAUGCAGAACAAAUGAAACAUUGUGGCUUCUAGAACCUCCCCAGCAUCACCUAACACAGAACAUGAGAAGAUGGUGCCUUCUAGAACCUGCCCCAGCACCACCUAACGCAGAACACAAGAACAUUGUGGCUUCGUGAGCCGCCCCAGCACCGCCGAACGCAGAACAUGGGGACAUUGUGUCUGCUCAGAGAAAACAACUCCAGCAGAACAUAAGAAAAUGUUUUGAGUAAAAUGAAAUGGACCCUUUGCAUUGCAGUGAAACACGCCAGUGCCAUUUUGUUUGGAGUGUGCAUAAGGUGUCCUAAAGGUUAUUGCUAACCGCUCUUAUGUUCAAGAGCACUUGACACUUAGAACGUCUGUGCUUCUUGAAUUCCUUUUACUGCUUAGUUGGAUCCUCCUCUUCUGACCUCUUCUGUGUAGAGCUGAGUUUCAGGCUGAAGCAUCUCACAGCAGUGUCAUCCUGGGAAACACUCGUAGACGCGUUUGGAAACUGUCCAGAAACACUCGUAGACGCGUUUGGAAACUGUCCAGAAACAUUCGUAGACUCGUUUGGAAACUGAACACUUGUUUGGAAGCUCUCGUCCCGUUUCUCACCGUAGCCAGAUCAAGCAGUCUGAACACUGUGAUGAUGUAUUUUUUUGGACUUUUUUGCCUUUAUUAUGAUGGACAGUGAAAGACGCGAGUAGGAGGGAGAGAUGGGGUGGGAUCAGGAUAUGACACGGGUAACAGGUCGGACUCGAAGCCGGGUCCCUGUGGGCACUUGGACCCGUAUAUGGUAUGAGCGCUGUAGCCAGUUACUCCACAGCGCCCCCCGAUUGAGAAUGGUACAGCUCAUAGUUUAAGCUCUCCUUAAUGUUUUUUGUCUUAGUGUACAACAUAAGGAGUUGAUGAAUUGAUAAUGAGUUCAUUAUUCUAUUUUGAGAUGACAUUUGUUUUCUUAACAUGAACAUAAUCGCAGGCAUAGCCAUUCCCGGCCUCCGUAGCAUUCCUUUUGAUCUGAUUACUGUUGCUUUUGAACUGAUUACUGUUGCUAUACUGUACAAUACUGUAGUGCAGCUGUAAUUGCUGGCUGUCGUAUAGAAUCUAGCUAGUAAACCGGGAGGCCGACCAGCAACAUCACUUGGAUUGGGGGACUAUCUGCUUGGACCAAAUUUUGAAAAUGGGUAGUUCGAAAAGGGUAAAAAGCGUUCUGAGAUGGUAUUAAAUCAUGUAAUCCAGUCUUGUAUUUGAUGUGGAUCAAUCCUUCACUUUGUGUUGUCCUAAUGUCUUAAUAGGCUUGAUUCUUUUAAUCCAAAAAAGCAUGAGAAUCCUGAUGGAAGGCAGUUCAGGGUGGAUUUCAGGGACAAAAUGUAAUACAACUUUAAGAUUUAGUCAAAUAUUACCACAUUACCAUCAUAGUGUAUUUACAUAUGGGAUUUUUGUUUCCAUAAAAUAAUCCAUCAAGCAGCAGUCAAUAUUGAUAAAAGAAUCUAUUUAAUUUUCACGUUCGUCAUCAGAUAUGAAUUAUAGUCAAAAGUAGCAAUUGCAUUGCAUGUCCAGUCCGUGCCCUGGUGGUGUCGUCAUGAUGCUCAGGUGAAUUUAGAACACCGGUAAUCCAGAGCUGGUAACCAAGGUAACCCUGAAGUCUGCAUCUGGAUCAGGGUCAGCCAUAAAGAAGUCUUUAGAGAUCAGUGAGGUCAGCCAAUCCGAUGUCACUUUGGAAAACCGGCACAGAAGUAUAAUGGAUUACCCGGUUCUUGAUGUUAAAAUGGGAUUUCCCAAUCUGGAUCUAGAUGAAACUUAACAAACAGCUGGGUCCAAAGGGAAGAGACGUCUGGCACUCUUUGAGUGGUGAGAGCUACAGAGGUGAAGUCUCUUUAGCGACAGGGUCUAUAUGCUGUGUGUUGCUUUCUUCCACUAUGUGGCGUAUGUAUAGGGGCUAUAUGCUGUGUGUUGCUUUCUUCCACUAUGUGGUGUAUGUAUAGGGGCUAUAUGCUGUGUGUUGCUUUCUUACAGUACGUGGUGUAUAGCUCUCAGGACCUUGUAUGCUAGGUGCACAACAGCACACACCGAUGUUAUUUACCCCGUUCCUCUGUGCACAACAGCACCCACCGAUAUUAUUUGCCCCGUUCCUCAACAGCACACACAGAUGUUAUUUACCCCGUUCCUCCUGUUGUGACAGGUUCUUGUCUGAGCAUCUCUCUAAAGGAGAUACUCCUAACAUACGGACUCAUCACACCUCCGCACCUAAACCACUUGGACAAGCACUUCAACCCUACACACACACACACACGUGUCUGAUUAUGAGUAUGUGUAGGCCUAGGUGUUGCCAUGAUUCCAGUUGUUUUAUGAAAACGUAUCCAUGUCUAAAAUAAUAUGGUGCCUGAACUUUAACUAUUUUAAAUGAGAGGCAUAAUCACUUGACUGAAUAUUUUGCUAUAUAAUUGUUUUGUUUAUAAAGUUAUUUUAUUGGAAAACAUUUAAUGUCUGAUUAUGUGGUAUAAUAAAAAUCCAACAUGUCUGAAA